AUGGGAAUGAAGGAGUCGGCCGAAAAGCGCACCUCCUCUCCCAAUACACACAAUGAGUUCGCCCACGGUAUCUGGGGAGCUUUUUCCAAGCUAGGCAACCUCCUGGAAUGGGGCGUACCCGGCAAAGGUCCACUCCGGGGGAGCGCCUUGAAAACAUUCGUCUCCUGGCUCGCGUCCAUGGCCUUCCUCAUGUUCGGCUACGGCCAAGGCGUCAUGUCUGGGCUCCUCACUCUGGACGACUUCCAGCGCCACUUCCCACUCAUGACACCCUUGUCUCGUGCAAACAAUUUGUGCUGGCUGGAUGCGCCCGCCAACACGAUCCGCGACGAGAGCAUGUGCACGGGCGAUCCGAACACCCAGGCUGCAGCUGUGGCUUUGUAUCAAGUUGGUUGCUUCCUUGGGACAGUGCUGAUUCUGUUCUACGGAGAGGCGUGGGGGCGGAAGAGUAGCACGUCCUGGGGUAGCUUCAUUAUGAUUGUGGGGACCAUAUUCCAGGUCGUAGCGGGGGGUGUGAAUGGCGGAGAUGCUGGGGCAUAUGCUGCACUUGUUGUGGGGAUGAUAGUGGGUGGGGUCGGAAACGGCGUGGUUACCUCGACAAUCCCGACAUGGCAGUCUGAGUGCGCCAAACUGGAGAAGCGCGGUCGAGUCAUAAUCACGUCCGGUGCUAUCAUCGUAGCAGGAAUCAUGGUCUCCUACUGGGUAGGCUACGGCUUCUACUUCCUACCAGCCGGCAACAGCUACAGCUCUGUGCGGUGGAGAUUCCCGACUCUCCUAGAUGACGCUCCGUACAGCUCGGAGGAGGUGGAUGCCGAGCUCACAAACAUCAAGGAUGCGCUCGAAGCACAGAGUCGCGGCGGAGGCUUCAAGAUGCGCGAGCUCCUACAGAAUGGACCGUCGCAAAACUUGAGACGGAUACUGCUUGGUAUCGCUGCGCAGUUUUUCCAGCAGAUAAGCGGUAUCAAGCUGAUGACGUACUAUGCGACUUUCGUCCUCGAGAAUUCGCUCGGUUCUGGCCCCGACAUGUCGCGCCCCUCUGGCAGCAGCCAAUGGUACCGAAUACUUCAUUGCCGCUCUCUUCACAAUCCCACUUAUUGA